ACACACACAUUUCCUCACAUAACACUGGGACAGUCAUUCUCACGCAACCUGCUGGCGCAUCAGAGCGCUAACCUCAGUGAGAGCAGAUCUGUGUGUGGCAGGAUGAAGGUGUCUUCCUGUGUGUGGCUGCUGGUGACACUGACAGGAACUAUUCUUGGUGCUGCUGCAACCGAGAGGAACUGCUCUGCAACGCCGCCGUUCCUUCCCAGCACAGCAGUAAAUACGAGUCUUCAGCUGCAGGAGCUACGAGAGCGACUGAUUCCCCUGAAUAUCUCUGCCUACAUUAUUCCUGGCACUGACGCUCACCAGAGUGAGUAUAUCGCCCCGCGUGAUGCCAGGAUGGCCUUCAUGACUGGUUUUACAGGCUCGGCAGGCACGGCUGUAGUCACUCAGACCAAAGCCGCUCUGUGGACGGACAGCCGCUACUGGGUUCAGGCUGAGAGACAGAUGGACUGCAACUGGGAGCUGGAAACGGAUGUUUCCAUCAGCAGCUUGGCAGAGUGGCUCAUCUCAGAGGUGCCGCCUGGCGGCAACAUCGGCUUUGAUCCCUUCCUGUUCUCCCUCAAGACACAGGAGCGCUACGCCAUCAGUCUGGAGUCAAGCAGCCGAAGCUUGAAGUCAAUCCCUAUUAAUCUGGUUGACCAGGUGUGGAAGGACAGACCUCCACUUCUACCAGAAAGCCUCACCCGCCUCCCUGAUAGAGUCAUACAAAGGUCAUGGCAACUGAAGGUGGAGCACAUACGGAGUCUGAUGAGGGACAAUCCAUACAAGCCCACGGCACUUUUGCUCUCAGCUCUGGAUGAAACAGCUUGGAUCUUUAAUCUCCGUGGUAACGACAUUCCUUACAAUCCCUUCUUCUACUCCUACACUCUCCUGACCAUGAAUGAGAUCUGGCUCUUUGUCCACACACACCGGGUCACCGAAGAGUUGAGAUUGUACCUGAACACAUCCUGUAACGAGUCCCUUUGUGUGCAGCUCAGAAGCUACGACUCUGUCCUUGAGCAUCUAAAGAGCUACGUGAGCCAGCCAGAGGUUAAAGUGUGGAUUGGUACCGAGUACACAAACUACGCUCUAUAUGAGAUCAUAACACCACAGGAGAAACUAAUGACAAGCUCCUACUCUCCUGUGUUGACCACUAAAGCUGUGAAGGAUGAGACCGAGCAGCAGAUACUGAGGGAUGCUCAUGUGAGGGAUGCCGUCGCUGUAAUCCAGCUGUUGAUGCGGCUGGAAAAGAUUGUUCCCGAUGGGAAAGAGACGGAGCUGAGCGCUGCAGAAUAUGUCAAUAAAUGUCGCAGCAAACAGAACAACAGCAGAGGCCCAAGUUUUGAAACCAUCUCUGCAAGUGGGCCAAAUGCAGCUCUCGCCCACUACAGCCCGACAGCAGAAACCAGCAGGAGGCUGACGGUUGAUGAGAUGUACCUCAUCGACUCUGGCGGCCAGUAUCUAGACGGAACCACUGACAUCACUCGGACUGUUCACUGGGGAACACCAACAAAAAUGCAAAAAGAGGCCUUCACACGAGUGCUCAUGGGAAACAUUGAGAUCUCUCGAACUGUUUUCCCCUCAGGCACAAGAGGUGUGAACAUAGAGAUGUUGGGUCGCCGAGCUCUGUGGGAGGUGGGCCUGAACUACGGCCAUGGAACUGGUCACGGCAUUGGGAACUUCUUUGGUGUCCAUGAGUGGCCGGUUGGUUUUCAGACCAACAACAUUCCUUUCAGAGCUGGCAUGUUCACAUCUAUAGAACCAGGGUACUACAAAGAGAAUGACUUUGGGAUACGGAUUGAGGAUGUUGCCAUGACGAUACUUGCUCACACAAAGUAUGGACACAACUUCUUGACGUUUGACACCAUCUCAUUGGUUCCAUAUGACAAGAAGCUGAUUGAUACGAUGCUCCUCAGCUCAGAGCAGCUUCAGUGGUUGAAUAGUUACUACAAGAAGAUUCGUCAGCUGGUGGGACCUGAGUUGGACAAACAGGGUCUGCAUGAGGAGAAGGACUGGAUGCUCAGAAACACCGAGCCCUUCCCUGAGUUGGGCUCCUCUUCCUCCAUCUCUUCCUCCUCUCUGACGUUCGUCGCUCUAAGCAUCGCUCUGCUCCACAACAUAAUCUGAGCAGCUGAUUUUGUACCUCACAGCAGAUUGUACACUAACGUUACCACUAUGCAGUCUCUACUGAAAAGCUACAACAAGUUGACCGCAGCUUAGCUUAUUUUGUAAUUGUAAUAUAUAUUUAAUAAUUAAAUUAAGUGGUUACAUUUCUGAUUUUGUGUUGUUUGAAGUCUAAAAUGAUCUAUCUUGUUAUUUAGAUUUUUUUGUUUUGUUUACCAGUUUUUGUUUAACAAUCUCAUAUAAUUUCUAUUUUAUUAAAGUAAAAUACUUUGAAACAGUGA